UGGCUGAGGCGAAAGGGCUAGUGUUGUGGACGCUGAAGCCAGGGCGUGCGGCGCGAGGAAAUCCCCGGCUCCGGGCCGAAGCUGUAGGAGCGCGAGGUCCAAGAGGGACGCUUCGAGGAAUUCCUGCAGAGCGAAUGUAGGCAGGGAGAGAGAAAGGAAGGAUGGUCAUUCGGCUGUUCAUCGCGUCUUCCUCGUGCUCCGUAGCGAUUAAGAAGAGACAGCAAGACAUUGUACAAUUUCUGGAAGCCAACAAGAUUGAGUUUGAAGAGGUGGAUAUCACCAUGUCAGAAGACCAAAGGCACUGGAUGUAUAAGCAUAUUCCUCAAGACAAGCAGCCUGCACAAGGCAACCCAUUGCCACCCCAGAUUUUUAGUGAUGAUCAGUAUUGUGGAGAUUAUGACUCCUUUUUUGAAGCCAAGGAAAGCAACACUGUCUUCACAUUUCUUGGGAUGAAGCCUAAUUUGGCAUCGAAGGAGUCAGAGCCGUAGAAAAAACUGAGGAUUCAGCGAGCACAUUGUUUGGGUGAAUGAAGUCCUUGAUGUUCAGCAUACAACAGCUUCCCCUAGUGGAUCACUGUGAUACAAGCCAAUAUACACCAUCCAUAUUUUGCUUGACACUAAAGAGGUGAAUUAAGACAGUGGACACACAGUGGGGUAAAUGGUGGUGGUGGUGGGUUCUUCCUUUUUUGUAACAUACCUGAAGUUGAUUCUGGCAACUGUGUUCUAACUUAAACACUGAAGAUGGUAAACAUUUGGUCAGUCUUGAUGAACGUUGUGUGUAUUGUCAGAAAUUCAGAUAUAUAUUACAUCUAGUGCUGUGAACUCCAGUGGAUAUGCCCUACA